AUGGCCGCCAGCUUCGACCCAACACAUGUCGAUCUGACAGACCCUGAUUUUGAUCUCAGGCAAAUCAUCUGCUACGUCAACGCCGGCGAUAUCGAGUACAAUGGCCACAUGGGUGCCCGCAUCUCCUCCAUCUUUGUCAUUCUCCUUGUCUCGACAGCUUUUACGUUGUUUCCCGUCCUCGCCAAGCAGUUCCCUGGCCUACGGAUGCCGCUCUCGGUAUACCUGUUUGCGCGGUACUUCGGAGCCGGUGUCAUCAUAGCCACGGCUUUUAUCCACCUUCUCGACCCCGCUUAUGAGGAGAUUGGUCCAGCCUCGUGCGUAGGUAUGACAGGAGCAUGGUCGGACUUCUCGUGGUGUCCAGCACUGGUCUUGACAGCGAUCAUGGCAAUCUUCUUGGUAGAUCUGGGAGCCAAAUGCUACGUUGAGAUGAAGUAUGGGGUAAGCGAUCAUCAGAGCAUCGAGCAGCUCGUCACCACGGAGCAGCGAGGAGCCGGGCGGCCCGGGACGACGAGCUCUUCAGAAUAUGGCAGACAUAACAAGAACGACAUCGAACAGCCUUCUCCGAACGACACGGAUAGUGAAGAGGCGAGCAAAGGAGUGCAGAGAAUCGCAUUUCAGCAACAGUUUGCCGCUUUCCUAAUUCUUGAAUUCGGCAUCAUCUUCCACUCCGUCAUCAUCGGGCUGAACCUCGGCGUUGCUGGUGAUGAGUUCUCCACACUCUAUGCCGUCCUGGUAUUUCACCAAUCUUUCGAAGGCCUGGGAAUCGGCGCCCGGCUCUCCGCCAUCCCCUUUCCCAGGCGCUAUCGGUGGAUGCCCUCUGUGCUGUGCGUAGCCUAUGGACUCACAACCCCGAUUGCGAUUGCGGCGGGGCUAGGCGUUAGAACGACGUACAACCCAGGGAGCUUCACUGCCAACGUGGUUUCCGGGGUGCUGGAUUCGAUAUCAGCAGGGAUUUUAAUCUACACGGGGCUAGUGGAGCUGCUUGCACGCGAUUUCCUAUUCAAUCCGAGGGACGCGAGGGAAGGGAAGUUACUAACGUUCAAGGUUGUGUGUCUUCUGCUCGGGACUGGAAUCAUGGCGCUGCUGGGGAAAUGGGCUUGA